UUAGAAAAUGACUUAUCUUUUAGUUCUAUUUAGUACAAAUUUGACAAAGGAUUAAAUGUAGAAAACUUUUAUUUUAAACAAUCAAUUAUAAAAUUUAAUGUAAAAAUAUCGUUAUGCUUUGCGUUGUUGGGCCGCUAACACAUGGGUUCCACAGUUUACCUCAUGACCAAUUUCGGAAAACAUGGUGGGGAGGUUUAACUCAGAAGAAAUGAGCGAAAACAAUGAGAAAUACAACACGGAAUCUCCUUCCCAAUUUACCAUACAAAAUCCAUCAGAACCAUAAUCACCAUUUUUGUUUACCUUGAUUAAGGCAAACCUCUUCCAUACGAUUUGAAUGAGGAAGAAGCAGUUGUGAGGGAGAUGGGUCGGAAAGGCGUGGUACCCAUUGCGGCAUGCUUUAGAGCAGCUUGUGACCAUCCAUUCCUUGUGGUUAUGCUGUGUUUCUUGGCAUUUCUGUACAGAUCAUUCCCCUGUGUCUUUUCCUUAUUGCUGUCUGCCUUUCCUGUUGUAUUCUGCACUUUCGUUUUACUCGGAGUGUUGCUUAUCCAUAGCCAACCCCAAACCAGAAGGGAUGAAAAAAGAAUAGAUACAGCCGUGCAGUUUGAAACAGUGUUACCCAAAGAUGAGAGAUCUCAGGAACUUCAGUUUGGGAGGUCAAUGGGAGAGUUGUCUGGUGCUGGUUCUGAUUUGCUGGGUAAAGAGAAUUCUGAAGUUCAAAAUGAUAAAUGUGCAAGUUCUUGUGAUUCCACUUCAGAAAGCUCUUCUUCGGAUGUCGAAAUUGUGCCAUUUCUUGAUGAGCUCCACCCACUCUUACACGAAGGCACUCCCGAACCCAUGAACUUGUCAUUGCAGGAUGAUUAUGGUAAUGAGGAUAGUGUCACUGAUUCUGAAGACAGUACAGGAGAUCAGACAGAAUCACAAGUUGAAGAUGACGCGAAGAUACAAGGAGCCGAAGAUUACCUAACAAAGAGCGCAAUCAAGUGGACAGAGGAGGAUGAGAAGAAUGUGAUGGAAGUGGGGAGCUCCGAGCUCGAAAGGAACCAACUACUGGAGCGCGUUAUGGAGAGGCGAAAGUCAAGAAAAUGCGUGAGCAUGGUGGCUGUUAAUGAGUUUUCAAACAUGGAAACUUGUAGUCCCCAAAAUAGUGUUCCCCACAUUGUGACAAGAAGACACAAUCCUUUUGAUAAUCUUCCAGACGACACGUAUGAACAACAAGGGUUGCCUUCAAUCCCCGGAUCAGCUCCAUCCGUUUUAGUACCUAGGCAAAACCCUUUCGACGACAUUCCUUAUUACUUGAAUGAAGAGAGAGAUCACACUUCAAGAGAAAAUUCUCAGCUAGACUUUUUGGAUUUUCAAACUAAAGAUACAUUCUUCCAUAGGAGUGAGACUUUCAGCGUAGCGCCCUAUGAAUCUUGCCUUUUCCCAGUUUAUACACACUCAAAUGCCUCCAAGUCUAGUUCUGCACCAGAAACGGAUUCGGUGGGCUCAGUUGAGGAUUUGGAAGACAAAAAUGUUAUUAAGGAAGAAAUAGAAGAGAAAAAACUGGUUGAUGAACCGGUUUUGACAUCUAAGAUGGAGCACGUCACUGAGCACGUUGGGCAUGGAAGUCAGUCAUCUGAAGAAGAUGAAGAAGAAGAAGAAGAAUCUUCGGACUCGGGCAUGAGAAAUAUUUUAGUGGAUGAGAUUGUUAUGAAACUAGAAACUUUACAACAGAACAACAUUAGUAGCGGCAGCAUUUGCAGUUCCCCUUCAUCAUCAUCAUCAUCAUCAUCUGAAGCAAGUGAAAGGAUUUUUGUGGUGAAAGAAAAGAAACAGCCGAGUGUGGAGAAUAAUGGGAUUUCCAGACAAAGUUCACUAGAAGGGUCAGAGCCUGUUUAUGAUAUAAGUCCCCCUCGCGUGAGGAGAAACUUUUCAUCAUCAUCCAUUGUUUUUGAUCUGCAUGAGCCGUGGUUUCCUCCUGUACAGGUCAAGAGAACAGUGUCCUUUGCUGAAGGGGUAAUCAUGAUGGGAAGCAAUCGGGAGCCCGACAUAAUGUCUUUUCCUAUUGUUAAAGAGAAGACAUUGAGAAAAUCCUCUCUGUCACAACAACCGGUGGAUGAGCAUCAUGUGUCAAAACCAUUUCUAGAUACCACCAUGAACGGCAACCAAGGAGACGAUGAUAAGGAGCAACUUUCCUCAACAAUGUCUGAAUCUGAUCAUCCAGAUACUCAAGAAAGUUCAAACGAGAUAGACAAGUCUGGUUUAAACUUUUCGACAGAUCAAGAAGUGAACAUUGAAUGACCAGUUUGGACAUCGAUUCUCACCGAGAAUGUCAUUUAAUCUCUUCAUGAUAUGAAUGUCUCUCUGCAGAGUUUUGGUUUGUCCAGUAAAGGCACGGAAAGUUUGGCUGCUGAAGGUGAUUUUUGAUAAUAAAGUGUAGUUAGUCCAAUAACUAUAGAUCUUUUUU